UUGAAGCGCUCCACGCGUUUUGUCUCAAUGCGUCCGAAGAAGAAGAACGGGCGGACCAAUAACAGCGCCCAUUUCUGUGUUUUUGAAUGAGACGCGGUUGACGGCUGCUCAAACACUUGUUUAUUACAUUCGUAAAGCUGGUUGAACUUGGCUUUUUCCAUUGAAAAGCUGUGAGUAGUUCCUGAGAACUCCAGGGUGAUGUCUUCCAGGAAGUCAAGUUCCAAUAGGGAAGACCUGUCCUCCAGCAGGUACGGAGAGCGAACGCCUCUUAGAAGCCUGAACAAUGAGAUCUUGUCAACUCCAUCACAGAGGCUCAAGUUCAAAUCUCAGCUUAGUGGUGAUGCUAUGAAAAUGGCAAUGGGUGGCAGUCCUCUCUGUAACUCUGAUCCCCGCUUGGAAACCCACUCUUCCCCUGCUGAUGAAACCCAAGCGGGUUCUGGACUUGGAGAUGUGACAUUUAAAUCUUUUAUUUGUGCCGGUGGCGAGGUUGAGAUUGCAGGCUCUUCUGUGUGCACAGAAGGUGGACUGACUUUGUCUGAAGACGCAGCUGCAGACACCACUGAAGCAGAAGAUUCAGCCGUCUCUCACAGCUUGAUGGAGCCGUCAUGCUGUGAUCACGUAGAACACCCCUAUUUCAGUCUUGAUGUUGAACAGCCUCCCUCUGCUGGCAUCAGUGCAGCUGAUGUGUGUGAAAUUUCCAGCAGGACCUUCUCUUUUUGUGACGUGGAUAACAAAGAAGACGCUCAAGAUUUACAAGCUUGUCAUGCUGACUGCGGUGAGGAGAAACACGUCACUUUGAAAUCGUUUGUUUGUUACGGAGGAGAGGUGGAACUUUCAGAUACCACCAAGCUACACGAAGAGACCAUUCCCCUUCCCGUGACGGACUUCAUUGAUUCAUCACAACACAACAAUACACAUACAAUUAACUGCUCUGACUGCGCCCAGCCAUGCCAAGCGGAACAUGUGGAUCAUCCAUACUGUAACAGUGAAAAUGGUAAAGCUCCUGACUUCACUACCUCUUCUGAAACAACAUUAACUGAAUUAACCCUGAAGCCAUUUAACUGCACAGGUGCUGAGGUUGAGACGUCAGUGUGUGCUGAACAUAUUGACGAGACUGUUCCUCUACCAUUUACUCACACUGUUUCCAGCUGUGAGACAUACAGUAAUAGUGUGGAUCCCAGUGUGUCAGCUGGCGACGAUGGUUUGCAGAAUAAUAGUGAUCGUUUAGAUAAUCCACACUGUACCAUAAAACACAAUUCCAUCAACGUUUCCACCAAUCAGGAGGUGUUUUUCUGCAGCUCCAAAGCUGUUGGAGUUGAGCCAAUGAUGGAAAGUGAAGGACAGGAUGUUGCUCAUGAACACUCCGUCGUUCUACUUCCAGCUGAGGAUGGGAAGUCUGAUGAUAACGAGGUUUUAGAGAAGCUCCCUCCAUUUCAAACCCAGUGUGGAAACUCUCAACCCAGUGAUGACUCCGUGUCUACUUCACUUACACAGGAUUUUAUAGAAGGAGCUGAAAGCCACCUGGAGAACAAUGAAGUUGUGGGUGAGCCAUAUCUGCCAGUGGAUACAGGAUGCUUACUGACUAAUAUGUCUUUAAAAGAUGUGAAUAACGACAAAGUAAAGUAUGAAGUGCAAGAAAUUGCAGAACCUUCUGAGGACAAUGCGUCGCCUUCGGUGGUUCGUGGAGAUGAAAGUUCUGACAGCAGCUGUCUUACAGCUUCAGCAGGAAUUCCUGCACAUCAAGAAGCGUCUGAGUUUUUGCAUUAUCUAGUGCAAGAAUGUUCCACUAAUGAACCUCCUGAAUCCAGCGGGGGACAAGACAGUGCUCUUGGCUCAUCCACUAACAAUCCAGCUAUUUGUAUGUCAACAGCAAAACCAAUGGAGGACCUUCAUGAUUUUUUGAAAGUCCUAUCAGAGUGUCCCUCAAUUUCCUCAGCCUUGCAGUUGGGAGUGCUCAGUCCUGCUCUAAAGAGAGCCUCUUUAUCUCUGCAAAAAGCUCCCGGGUAUUUGCCCCAGAACAGGUUUUUGGCUGACAAGUUUGCUCUUGAAGGUGACAAAAGCUUGGUGUCUCACGUUAACCCAGAGCUCUCUAAAUUAUGGACAGAGCAAAUUGAAAGCCCCAUGCCUCAUCCUCUGUUCAACUCCACGGCAGUAGGUUGCCUCUCUCAGCCAGGUUCGGCCAUGAAACAGAAAGAAGAUUCGGGGAAAAGGUUCUGUGCUUUGCCCCAGGCUGAAGGCGUUCCGUUGAUGCCCGAGGCUCAGCUUCAGCAGCAGCUGCGACAGAUAGCAGAGUUCCUCAUCCUGGCCUCUGGACAGAUGAGUGCUGCAGGACAUUCUGCUCCGCCCACAGGAUCUCACAGCGUCUGCGUCGGCACCAGUCCUGCAAAGCUGGUGGACCACAGCCUCAACACAUCUGGAACAUUUGUGAGAAGUAAAGAGUUACCUGUGGUGGACUCCUGCACUGAGACUGACCCGCUUGUCUGGAAUUUAUCACCAGGCAGCUUGGAGAGUCUACCCAGAAAGGAGCUGGAGCAGAGGUUGGUGUCCAGCCUGAUCAUGGUAGAGGCUCUCGCUCAACAGUUGACUGCAGCGAGGGCACAGCAGGGCGUGUCUGCAGGUCCUGCGCCUUCAGACCUGAGAGAGAAACUGGUGCAAACUGACCACACUGAACUCAGUCAGACCACAAUGUACAGAGACCUGUAUGCAGAGGCUCUGAGUAGGAUCAGUGACUUGGAGCUGGAUGGAAGCUCUCUGCAGAACCUCAUCCAGUCUAUGCAAGACACAAAGACUUUUAUGGCGGCUCUGAGCGGUGACACGGAUGCUGCUCUCUCUAACAUGAAGGAAUGGCGUGACAUUGUCAGAGAGGACCAUCAGAACCUCGCUUCACACUAUGAGCACAUGAAGUCCCUGUUUGAGAAAUCGAAGGAGAUGCAGAUGAGAAUGACGCAGAAGGUAAAAGAAGUUCUUCAUGAGAGGGAGGACAUGAGGACUCAGAUGGAAGAGGCCUUCACAGCCAAGGAUGCUGCUUUCUGUGCGAUGGAACAGCUAAGGAUGCACUGUGCUGCAGAAAUUUCAGCUCUGGAGAAAAGUGUUGGAUCGCAGAAAGAACUCUUGGCUGCCUUAAAUCAAACAUAUCCAGAGCAGGUUGCAUUAAACAAAACAAGUAGCGAAACACUGAACGCUGCCUCUGAUAUUUUGUCCCAAACAAUGGAGGAGCACUCCAGCUUGAUGAACGAGCUCCACAGUGUCAGGAUCCUCCUACAGAAAACUGCCCCCAUCCUCUUCCUUCUGAACGAGAAGACAGCUGCAGCUUUGAGAGAAAGGGACGAGCAUCGUUCUGCAAGAGACCGAGCUGUUGAGGACCGAGAGCAGAUUGAAGAAGAGCUGAAAGAAACAAACUUAAAUCUCCAAUCUGCCAGACAACAGAUUGGAGAUUUAACUCGGGAGGUGACAAUUCUGACGUCAGAAAUUAAUGUUCUGCGCCAGAAACUUACAGAAAAAGAGGAUGAGACGAGUCAGCUGGAGAGGAAGGUGACGGAGUUGUCGGCCACUACUUCCUCCACGAUGGCGUCCUACACGUUCCUGGAGCAGGCUCUCAUUGCUGAGACUUCCAAAUUGGAACAAUCGUGGAAGGACAUCAAACAAGCCAAUGAGAGAGCAGAUCAGUUGGAGGCGUCCCUGCAGGAGUCAAAGGAGCGUGUCUGUGAGCUGACUGGAGCUCUGAGUCAGAGCGAGGAUCACGUCGCUCAGCUGCAGACCCUCACUCAGUCUCAGAGUUUGCAGAUUCAGCAGCUCCAGGAUGCUUGUGCACAACUCAGAGGCGUGCAGGAAAUGAACGAGUUCCUGCAGAUGGAGAAUGAGUUGGCGCAGGAGCAAGUAGCUGAAAGCGAGCGAACGCUGAGGAUGAACCUGCAGGCACUCCGGGAGAGGAACAUCGAGUGUGAAGACCUUAAAGAGGACUUUUGUAAAUUCCAAGAGGAGAACAAGAAUCUGUGCGAGGAGCUGAAGACGACGAGAUCUGCAGCCAACGCGGCUCAGGCGGAGCUCGAGGAAAAAAUGGCUCAAGUGGUCACUGAGAUCACUCUGCUGCAUCACACACUGCGGGGGGUGACCAACGAGCUGCACGCCGCCCUCAGUGACCAGAAACAAGACCAGAAGGAGUCAGAAGUGCUCUGCAGCGUUGAGCGUCGUCGUCUCUCCAGCUCCUUUGUGGACAGCGUCAUGGUGGCAUUAACUGCUGAGACCGGCGAAGAUGUCAGAACUGACACAUCUGCUGCGUCCGGUCCUCCUGUACCACAGAGUGAGCCUUUGUUCAGUGAGACAAGCGCCUUCACCCUGAUUACAGCUCAAGCGUCUAAAACCAGUUUAGGUGCAGAAGAGGAGCAGCCGUGCGACGUGGCCGACCUUCUCUCCGGCCUCGGCGACACCGCCUCCGAGCUCGUCGGCGCGCUGAAGUCACUGCAGCAGCGCAGAGACGGUCAGCUGCACGAGCUGCACGACAUCAUCCGCAGCCUGCAGGCGGAGCAGCAGACUGCCAGCAGCCACCAUCAGGCUGAAGUGAUGGAGCUGAAGCAUGAGCUCAACCGUCUGCAGAACCUGGCAGAAAGAGGGAACCAGGCUCUGCAGCAGAAAUCUCUGGAUGAGAAAACCUUGACCAAGUUGAUGGCAGACGUUCAGGAGGCCCAGGAAAUUCUGAACAAACGCAAGACUGACAAUCACGUACUGCAAAAGGAGGUAGUUGAGCUUCGUCACACUCUGCAGCAGUCGAAAGUUGAGUCUCAGGUCCUCCGGGAUGAGCUGAGGAAAUCCGGAGGCCGGUCAGCCGACGCAGCUCGUUACACGGAGGAGAAGAUCCAGCUGGUGAAAGAGAUGGAGAGACAGAAGUUGAAACUUCAGGAAGCCGAGCAGGCCCGAUUUAAACUCCUCGAAAGAGCAAAGAGACACCAAAUCAUCCAUCAGACCAACAUGCAGAAAAGUGAGACAGAGCUGCAGAUUUUAAACAACAUGAUCAAUAAAGUCAGAGAGACGCUGCUGUCUUUACCUGAAGUCGUGAAACGUUGUGAACAACUCCAGCAGCUGCUCGAGUUCAUCGGCUGAUAUUUCUUUAGGUUAUGUUUAUUUAUGUUGUAGCUUCGUAUAAACUUUAAAAAAAUUAAUAAAGACUAAAAUGUUUUAAGCUUUUA